UCCAGUUGAGACAGACAGCAGCACAUCGGCUGCCUGGUUGAACAACAAUCACAACACAGACCAAAAUAGAAGCCACAUGCAGGCGAGGAGGAUGAGAAGGAGGGAGACUGUAGCCUUCUAUUAGAGCAGAGAAGAAGAGCGAGGACGGGGAGAGCGGCUGACCGGGACAAGAAGCGGCUCCACCACCGCGUCUUUGGCAUGACCAAGCGCCAGUGAAGGGAGGCAAGAUGUGGCAAAAGAAGAUCUUCCUGAUUUUUGUUGCCGUCAGUACAGUCAGUCUUCUGCUGCAUCAUGGGGGCCACUUCAGCUGGAACAUGGAUGCCUUUUACCUCAGAUGUUGUGGCCUCCACUCCCAGGCCUCCUCAGGGCUGAAGCCCAAACACACCAAUGUGGCCUUCCUGAAGACGCACAAGACGGCCAGCACCACAGUACAGAACAUUCUCUUUCGAUUUGCAGAACGCAACAACCUCACUGUGGCGUUGCCGGUACAAGCCUGCGGCCAUCAGUUCUGCUACCCUCGAACCUUCAGCUCUCAUUUUGUCCACCCACACACUUUGCCACCGAAUAUCAUCGCCAGCCAUAUGCGCUUUUACAAACCUGAACUGCAGCGUCUCAUGCCUAAUGACACCAUAUACGUGACGAUCGUGAGAGAACCUGCGUCCAUGUUUGAGUCGUCCUUUAGCUAUUACACCCAACACUGCCAGAGCUUUAAACGUGUUCCAAAUGCCUCCUUAGAUGCUUUCUUAGAGGAACCGUGGCGCUACUACCGACCUGAAGAGAAGGACUCAAUGUAUGCACGUAAUACCCUAACUUUUGACCUCGGUGGAGACAAAGAUCGCCCCGCAACAGAUGUGGAGUAUGCCAAGAACUUUGUAGCCGAGGUAGACCGUGUCUUUUCGUUGGUUAUGAUCGCUGAGUACUUUGAUGAGUCGUUGGUUCUGCUCCGCCAUCUUCUCUCCUGGGAGCUGGAUGACAUCUUGUAUGUAAAGCUAAAUAUGCGGAUGCCAAACUCAAAGAAAAACCUGACUCCCAGCCUUCCGGCAAAAAUCAGAGCCUGGAACUCUUUAGACGCGCGACUCUACGACCACUUCAACGCCUCCCUGUGGAAACAGUUGAGCACCCUUGGUCUUGGUUAUGUUGCCAAGGAGGUCCGACUCCUCAGACAGGCCCAGGAGCGACUGAUGAGAAGCUGCUUUGGUGGAAGGUUGCCACUCCUUCGCUCAGCGGCCCAGAUUAAAAACAAAGAUCUUCGUCCCUGGCAGCCCAGCAAUAAAGUGGACAUUUUAGGGUACGACCUCCCAGCUAACCUCAGCCAUGGCUUCUCAACUAUGGCUCAAGAACUCUGUCUAAAACUGAUAAUGCCAGAGCUCCAGUACACUCGGGUCCUGCUUCGCUCCCAGUCAAUUAAAUAUCGACAGUUUCACCAACUGCGGCUUCAGCAGUCACAUCCCCCCCAGCAGUUCAUUCGCACGGCCCUACCCCGACAUUCACCCAACCAUCGGAGUCAUCCACCACCCUCGGCGUCUGGCCCCAUGUCUGAGACAAAGCCCUCUACUGCUUUAACGAAUGUUCCUGGGAAUAGGUAAACAGAGUGCAGCUAGAGAUCACCACUGUCCCUCACCUCAUGGAGAACCAGCCUUCCAGAUGUAAUGAGUGCCCAUUGCUGCAUUGUUCUGCUGGACCUGAGCCUAGAGACUUUAUCUGUGACUGGAUCAAGGGAGGCCUUUUUGCCGACAAAGAUUGGGUUUUUUUUUGUGUCAGUGCUUUGGGAUGAAAAUCAAUGCCCACAGGCGAAGUGAAACACCUGGACAUGAACUUGAAUCUCCCGCCCCUCUGGUGUGUGAUACUGUACAGCGCCCGGCUCGACACUAGAGCUGGAGAACUCUACACUGGAUCUUACGAAGGGUGCACCUUUGCACACCCAACUGCUGUGGUUUGGAGGACGUAUAUGGAAACAGUGCUUUGAAGCAGAUCUGUUUGGAGUGACUCAACGGGGGCAUGGCGAUAUGGUGCCUGUUGUGUGGCACAAAGUGAGCUUUGUGUGCACCACAGUGGCGUAAUAUCACAUGACUGGCUUUCAUCUGUGGCUCCCAUUCUCCCUCAGUCGUGGACAUAUGCCACUUUAAUACAAGAGAGACCCAUUUAGAUGGACGGUCUCGGAGAAGUCCUCACAGUCAACUACAGCAGCACAAUCCCCCAUUCUCAGUGAAACCCAGUUUGAACACUCCUCUACUCUGACGUCACAUUGAUCUGCCACCUCUUGCUUUCUGGACGUCAAACAAGUGAGGUGAUACCAACCAUCGGACUUUAUGUAAAGAUUUGUUGAAGUCGAGUUAGUUGCAAUAAAUUCAUGUGAAGUUCGGUGUUAUUUAGCAGCCUACCAGCAACCGUUCAAACAAAAGAGAUGAAACUUAGCGAGACACUUCCUGCUACAUCGAUGUGGAGCGCACAGCAGGAGCACACGAGGCAAGACCGCUCCGAGCAUUGUAGGACAGAAGGGCCAGCUGGCUGGCUGGGAUCCUAAAAUGUCACCACUCGACUCAGCGCUGACACAUAUCUGUGUAUUUAAUGUGUCAUUUAGGGUUUCUUUCUCUCAGCAGGGUCCUGCUAAGUAAGAGGGGACGACCGUGUGUUCAUGUGUGUGUCUGUGCCUCAUGCUUCAAUUUCCAGCAGAGUUGUCAUGGCAACCACAGCAGAGAAAUGUCUAUGAGAUUUAUUAAACUAUGUAUUAUUUAUUAUUGGGACGUGGAAAGUCGUGCUACUGUAUUUAUUUCCGAUCUUUCAACGAAUCACCGGCUUGAAAGCAUCUCCUUGGCGAUCUUCUUCUCAGAGCCACUGCAGGCAACACAGAUGGAGCGAGGCAUGUGACGACAGCAUCAAUUAUUCAUCCUGUACAUAGUUUACAUAAUGCAAAAAUACAAAGACCAUUUCUGAAUUCCGCAGUGGAACAAGUGUAGUUGCUUUAAAAUUAAUGUUUUACUGGAGUGUGCUUAAGUGUUUCUCGCACGGAAGCAUUUUGCGGUUGAGGAACAGUUGGCUACAAUAAUGAAAAGCACUUAAACUCCGGCUGCCUGUCAAAAACUAAUGGGAAAAGAAAAAGCAGCUGCUCGAGGUUUGAGCGGAAGAUACAUAUUUUAAGGGGUUUCGCUGUGAAUAAUUGGCUUGUCUUUUUUCAACUUAAGGAACGGCUCAGCAGUUUUGCUUAUUUACAUGGUGUUUCUUCAAGCACUACUCGCUGUUAAAUUCAGUUUAAAGGAUAAGGCUGGGAUUUUUCACUAAUUUAUAAGACCAAAUGUGUGCGAGUCUGUGUCUCUCUCUCUCCGGAUGAACUUACUACCAGUUCUCAUCUGUGUUGUUUAUAUUUUAAAUCAACUGAAUCUGACAUUUAGAGGGGUUUGAGAGGAUGUGAACUUCUGGCAGGGAAACACGUUGCACACAUCUGCAAUAAACACAUCGGAGCUCCCCCUAUUUUUCACUCAAUCUGGAACACAAUGUGCCCUGCUUUAUUCUAAAAUGAAAACUUAUAAUCAUCAGUUGACUCAUUUGUGUCGUUCACCAAAAUUAAGAAGUAUAUCAACCAAUCUGUUCUAAACUUUUGUGGAUGAAUUUUUUUUUUCAUCUGUUUUUUUUUUUAAUCCAGAUUGGAAUCUUUUUUUUUCUGUCAUCAAACAAUGUUGAUGAAUGGGAUGUCAAAUGUUGCAAAAGAGUUUUAUUUGACGUUUUCCUCCAAACUCUACUUUUCCACUUGUUCAUUAUUUAUUCCGGUGUUUUCUAUGAACUGAGAAGACGUGGCUGUUGUGGCUCUGAACAAAUAGCUGGCGACAAUCAGAGCUAGGGGCCCAAAUCUUUGUAAUGAUGGAGACAAAC